AUGUCAUCUAAAUCCACAGACUCGUCUAGAAUCCUAUUGGAACUAUUAAAGGAUUUUACGUCGCAAGUGUCACGGAAUAUAAAAGCAGAACCUAAAAAUUACAGACAUGAUCGCUUGCGGCACGGAAUAUGUGUUCCAACUAAAUGUCCAAACAUUACCUUUCAAGAGACUACUAUUCAUGAGGAAAUUGAAUUAUGUUACAAUAAAAUAUACAACACCUUAGAAUUGAAAGGAAGCGUAUCAGAGAUUGUGUGUGACACUGAUCAAAUUAAAUAUCGAAUCGAUGUAUAUGAUGUUAUCAUUGGAGUAUUCUUCAUAACUUAUAUAACAUUUGUUAUAUUGGCUUCCAUAUCUGAAGGAAUUUUUAGAAUGAAAAAAAAGGAAACCUAUGACAAAAUUUUCAAUACCAAAGCUGGAAAAGUAUUAGCUGCCUUUUCCUUUCGUAAAAAUUGGUAUCGCUUAACAGCACCCAAUAAUAAUCCAGAUUUUCGAAAGCUGCGGUCUAUACAGGGUAUUCGAUUUUAUAACAUGAUAUGUGUUAUAUUUUGUCAUACUGUUAUGGCAACAUUUGCAGGUCCAGUGGAAAAUCCAAAAUAUAUUGAAAAUGUUACUAAUGAUGUUCUGAACAUGUUUGUAGCAAAUGGACAAUAUGUAGUCCAAACAUUUUUUGUUAUUUCUGGUUGGCUGUUGUGUUUUCACUUUUUUCAAAUGCUUGAAGACAAAAAGAAUAUAAGCACAAAACAUGUGAUUUUGACUUUAAUCAACAGAUAUGCAAGACUUACACCAACUUUAGCUACAAUAUUGGCUUUUGAAUGUACAUGGUUAAUACACAUGGGUAAAGGUCCUCAGUGGAAUGCUUUAGUAGCUCAAGAGCAUAGAAAUUGCAGAAAAAUGUGGUGGACCAAUAUCUUAUACGUCAAUAACUACGUCGGCAGUAAAACGAUGAUCGACCAAUCAGAUUGCAGCAUUCCGCAGAGGCGCCGUUUGAUCGACCAGUCAGGUUGCAGCAUUCCGAACCAAUCAGAACAUGGCGCGAAAUUCAAAUUAGCAUUCGCCCAUUCUAGGAUUUUGGCCGCCUCUGAGAAGAAGAAUUAA